CAUCAUUUUGCGAAAUGGGAAAGCUAUUGGCAUUACUCGCAGUCCUCUGCCUGAGCCAGGUGAUCGGUGCUGAGCGCAUCGUCAACUGCUAUUGGGGCACCUGGGCCAACUACCGCAGCGGCGAUGGCAAGUUCGAUGUCUCCAACAUCGACGCUGGAUUGUGCACCCACCUGAGUUACUCCUUCUUCGGAAUCAACGACAACGGCGAUAUCCUGUCCCUGGACACCUGGCUGGACUACGAUCUGGGUUUCAUCAGCCAGGCUGUGGGUCUGAAGCACCAGAACCCCAACCUGAAGGUCCUUGCCGUGGUCGGUGGCUGGAACGAGGGCUCCACCCGCUACUCCUCGAUGGCCGGCGACUGGUACAAGCGCCAGAACUUCAUCAACUCCGCCCUGAACUUGAUCCGCAACAAUGGAUUCGAUGGCUUGGACCUUGACUGGGAGUACCCCAACCAGCGUGGAGGCAACUGGGACGAUCGCGCCAACUUUGUGACCCUGCUGCGUGAGCUGAAGGAAGCUUUCGCUCCCUACGGCUAUGAGCUGGGCAUUGCUGUGGGAGCCGGCGAAUCGCUUGCCACCGCCUCCUAUGAGAUCGCCAACAUUGCCCAGCAUGUCAACUUCAUCAACGUGAUGACCUACGACUUUGCCAUGGCCUCCGAUGGCCGCACCGGCUUCAACUCCCCCCAGUGGGCUGUGGAGAACGCCAUUAACUUCUGGUUGAGCCAGGGUGCUCCGGCCAACAAGCUGGUCCUCGGUGUCGGCACCUACGGACGCUCCUUCCAGCUGUCGGACUCUUCCCAGAACUGGCCCGGUGCCCCGUGCCGUGGAGAGGGCAACGCUGGCUCCUACACCGGCUCUGCCGGCUACCUGGGCUACAACGAGAUCUGCCAGAACAACUGGUACACCGUCUUCGACUACGACAACGCCGCUCCCUAUGCCUUCUCCGGCGACCAGUGGGUGAGCUUCGACAACGUGCUCAGCGUGCAGUGGAAGAUGGACUUCGCCCUGUCCAAGGGUCUGGCUGGAGCCAUGAUCUGGUCUCUGGAGACUGACGACUAUCGCGGAAACUGCGGCGAGACCUAUCCCCUGCUGAAGACCAUCAACAGGAAGCUGCGAUGGUAAACCCAUCUGUUCAAAUUUAAUCACUGAAAAUUCUUGUUGAAUGUUUAGGCAUAUUGAAAGAAAAUUAAAAUAGUAGAGCUCA